UGUGACUAGAGAUUUAUAUAGAGAAUGACGAACGAAAUUGUCAUUACUAUUUCAAUCUUCUUGCCUUUGGAGUGUCGGCCGGCCGACUCCCGGCCGAUUACGUCAGUCAAAUUUAAAAUUUGAUUAAUUACCAAGAAUAAAAUCAAAAUUCCAAUGACUCAAAAAUCAGUCUGACACCCGAGGAGGUAGAGUCGAUUUUGACAGCCUUUUUCAAUUUAUAGUACAGGUGUAUUCACAAGAGCUGGCACUAAUCGAACGAAUGAGUGAAUGAAAAUAUCUAUGUGUGAUUAAUCACAAUUUUAGUGAUAGAUAUUUUCACAGGUGUCACUCAUAAUAUCAAAGUUUCGUUUAUUCGAUUCGUUCCAGCUUUCGUGAAAUGACCUGUACGCGGUAUAAAUUUGUAUAAGCCAAAGGCUUUGCCAAGACAGUGUCGACUGGUUAUCUUAUAACGAAGUUCAAGUACUUCUAAUAAAUCUAUUCCAAUGUGUAUAUAACGAGAAUCGAAUUUAUCAAGGCGUGUGCUGUGCAUAGUGAGGAUUUGUAUUGGAUUAAUAUAUGGAUAGUGUGGACGGUCGUGAGGACCUAAUGUCGCUGGCGACUAUUAUACUGGUUAACACACAUUGUGUACGUAUCCAUAGAAUUUGUUUCUUCAUAAAAUGUGACGUCACAAAAAGCUUUAGUACUCUGGUGAAAUAUGCCGGAGACAAAGUUUCGUAGUGUUUGUGUGAAAACUAUGAAUAUGUAAAUGGUGUGUAACCCGGAUAGGCCUCGGAAUAGCAUGAUAUCAUUUAUUGCUGCACUGGUGACUCUGUUGUACGUACCGCUUCUAAAGGUCAACUGCCGUAAUUCUAGUGGUAGAGCGUCAUCUAGUCAACUCUGUGGUCCGCUGCUCGACGCAACACUGGCGACUCCAAUUUUCAUAGACUAGACUCCAUCGCUCUUAAGACUAAAAGACGCCCCAAGAUGGCUACUAUCUUCAAAAUUGGGAGGCGGGAAAUCGGAUUCUAUUAUAUUCAAGAGAUAUUUACCUACGUCUCUAGUAAAUGAUAUCAUGUUGGUGAAAUCUAGUGUUGGUGGAAAAAUUGCACAUAAAUGCUAUUUAGAUUUUAAAAAUUGACCACUGCCAAGUAUUUUAUAACUUAGUUCAUCAAUAUUUGUAACCACAAAAUACAAUUGUUUGAACAUAACGUUGCUUAGUAUCAAAAAACGGAACAUUAUGAAGUAAUAUUUUACCCAUGUGGCGGCUUUGCACAAUAGAUUAAGAGAUCAUGUUUAUAAAUUAUUUAUUUUUGUCAAAACUUGUUCAGUGGUUUGUGUUUAGCUGUACAGUGCACUAUCAUUAUUUAGCUACCUUGAUAACUGCCUGCAACUGUAAAUGUAACAUAACUUAUACCAAUUACUUAAUUGAUUGUGUGUAAUUAUGUAUAUGUUAUUUAUAGUUCUUUAUUUGUAUAUAGUUAAUUAUACGUUACAUUAAACAAUUGCGAAUGUAUUGUAUUUUUUUACUUUAGAAUUUAGAUAAUAUCUACCGGCUCGGCUCCUUGAUUCGGUCAAAGAGUACUGAAUCACUACGUGAUUCGGUUACAUAAGUACAGUCAGUCCGGCGAGUGUAGAUUCUUUCUGCGUAUGGAAUCCACACUCGCCUUCGCGGCACCGCGCCGCGAUACGCGCGCGAGUGUGGAGGCCGCUUUUCACGUGGAAACGGAACGACGAAUUGACUUGUUUUUUAAAAGGAAAUAGUUGAAGAUUGAGCGUGACAUAGGCAGGCUACUUUUUUCUCUCUUUCUAACCCCCAACCCCCCACUUCCCUAAAAUAGUGGGUGGAAGUUUGUAUGGAGAAUUCCGUAAUUUCCGAAUUUAACACGAGCGAAGCCGUGGGCAAAAGCCAGUAAUUUAUAAAAUUAUAAAUCUAUGCACAAAGAAGUCUACAUAUGUCGAUUGAUAUCGUGUUGAGCACUUGUUCCGGUAGAUUAGAUGUAUAACUAGAAAAUCUAUUGUCGCUUGUCGGUUAAUUUACAUGGUUUAUAACUUAUUAGUUUAUAAUUUUUGAUGUCUAAUAAAUUAUAUUAUUUGAGGAAAAUAUGAUUUUGGCCACAUCCAGGCUGCGAAACAGCGCCAUCUAGUUUGAAGCCUAAAAAGCCCAUACAUUUCAGGGGUACGCUUUUUGUAUUUGUCGCUUUAGCUUUUUACCAAUAUUAAAUUGGAUAAGAAAGAAAGUAAAUAAAAAUGUUUUAUUACAAAAAAUAAAUGUAAAAAGACGCCUGUUACUGAACACUCUAGUACAAAUUGGACAACGAGACACGCUUGCGCGUAAUGUCACUUUGACAUGCCCUCUGUUUGUCAAACUGUCAACAAGUUUAUUGUGAAAAUGGCGACUACUGGAGUUGGAUUCCGAUGGUUAGAUAUAUUAGAAAAGGAAUUUGAUAAAGCAUGUGUGGAAUUAGACACGUCUAUAGUGGAUUUGGAUUCGGAGGAAUCAGAGUCAGUGUUUGCGGCACGUCAGAAGAUUGCUACUCUCAGCUCAUGUUUUGCACAACUUACGCACAAGGCCCUUACUAUAUUUCAGAACAGUGCAAAACUUGAGGCGGAGCUGGUAGACAUGAGGGCGGAGCUCGUGCAGGCGCGAGCCGCCGCGGCCGGAUUAUCGGACGGCGACGACACAGCAGGAAGCGUAUCGGAUGCGUCCCGCGCUCGCGCCGAAGCAUCGCAGCUCGCGCGAGAGAACGCCGCACUUCGAGAGACAGUGCUCGCGCUACAUUCAGAACUCUUCGGUGCCAGACUGGCGACAAAGUACCUGGACAAAGAAUUAGCGGGACGGAUACAGCAGCUACAACUACUCGGCAGAGACAUGCGCGCAGAAGUUCGGGACUCACUUUGGGCUCAGGUGGAAGCGGAGAUCUUGCUGCAGCGGCACAAGACGCUGGUGCGCGUGUGUCGCGGGCUGGCGCCGUGCCCCGCGCGGCCCGCGCGCGAGCCGCGCCCGCCGCGCCCGCGCACCGUGCGCGUGCGCCGCUCGCCGCACCUCGGGCUCGGCAUCUCCGUCACGGGAGGGCGAGAGCACGGUGUACCUAUCCUGAUCUCAGAGCUGGAGGCGGGCGGGCCGGCCGCGCUCACGGGCGAGCUUUAUGUCGGAGACGCCAUCCUCGCCAUCGACGACCGCGACCUCACGCAGGCGUGUCACAAGGAGGCAGUGGCGGCGCUGCAGAGCGUGAAGGGCGACUGCGCGCUGUGCGUGCAGUUCAUCGCGGCCGACGACGACGACCGCCUCUCCGACGACAACUACAGGUUCCCGCUGUACCCGGAGGACGGCGAGGUGUUCGGCGCGGAGGCGGACGGCUCGGGCGCCACGCCCACCGCGCCGCGCACCCCGGACUACGACAGGCCUCACUCCGCGGCCGGGUCCACAGACUCGCGCUCGCCGCGGCCGCACUACCCCGAGUACAACAACAUCAACAACAACCUCUCCAUACUCGACAUGGACGACGACAGCAUCCGUAUCGAGGCCGGACCGCGACGCGGCGGGUACGGCGCGCUGCCGUCCGCGUCGGCGUCGGCCGAGUCCACGCCCGUACACGCGCGUCGACAGGCCACCAAGAAGAAACGCAAACCUACAGACUGGCGCACUAAAGGAGUUUACCAUACGGUGGACGACGAGCAGUCGUCGGACGACAAGCCGGAGCCGCCGCGGCCCGCCACCAACGGCGCCGACGGCAACAAGCGAGACGCCAAGCCCUUCCGGAUAGGUUCCGCGCGGCGCGUGGAGGCGCUGGUGAACGGCGCGGGGGCGGGGGCGGGGGUGGGGGUGGCGCCGCGCGCGCUGCCGCCGCUGCCCGGCGUGGCGGGGGACGGCGACCCGGACUUCGGCACGCCCGUCUGA